CAGCAACAGUUUCACCAACAGCAGCCUACACAUGUAUGACCUGCAAGAGAUCCCCGCCAGUAGGAAGUAUGUCGUUGUAGGUGAUGGUCGACUGCUAGAAGUGCAAGCCAUCUGUAGUAUUAAUCUUUGUUUCUUUCAGGAGGAUGAGAAUGGUGAGAAAACGACGAUGUGUGUGAAGCUCACUGACGUGUCGGUUGUAGAGAGCCUGAGUUUCAAAUUGUUCUCAAUGCACGCUGGUUCUCUGAAGCAACCAAUCCUCUACGACGAACGUGGUGCAACCCUACAAAAUGGGCUGCUGUUUGCUAGAGAGGAAAAAGCGUCUGCAGCGUAUGCCAUGCGGUGGCCGUACGACCCAUCUGCAACUAUUGUAGACCCCGCUGCUUUGCCCGCAUUCGUGACUGCCCCCGAUUCCACCCCCGCCGUUGGCUCCGCGCGUUCCCCUUCCCAGAAGGGGGGCUCCGCGAAAUCAUUGGUGUCCAUGUUGCAUAUUCCGCCCACUGGUCCCACCAGUGUAGUACCUGCGAAUGAGAGCGUCCCGCCCGCCGGCUCUGCCGACGUAGUACCUUCCUCGGCGUCCGAGUUUGUGUAUGUGGGACUCAUCUCGAUGCUAGACAGGAACACUCUGGUGUCGAUGCUGGAGGCUCGGAGCGCGGUGGAUAAGGAGCGCAGGGAGCUGGGGGGGGCGGAGGCCGGAGAGCCGGGGGGAGCGGGGACCGGUGGGCAGGCGGGAGCACUCGCAGCUGUGGACCCGGGGGCUGGAGGAGCGGGCUUUCCACUCGCAUUUGCCACGCUCCUCGCCAACCGGGAAGACAUCGACGCCACGCUGCGAGACCAGCGCCCGCCGGAGCAACGCCCUGGUCUUCCUCACUGCCAGGCCAGCGACCUUCGUGUCCCCAAGAGCUACAAAGAGGGCAUGGCGUCGGAGCACCGGCACCUUUGGAGCGACCCUAUGCAAAGGGAGUUUUACGGCUUGUUAGAAGCGGGGGCUUUUACUCCGGCGAAGAUGUUGGCUGCUUUGGCGUGCGAGUUGAACCUCGACUUGUGUCAUUUCGAUAUUGAGCAAGCUUUUGUGCGUUCGGAGUUGGAGGAAGACGUGUACAUGCGUUUGCCGCAGGGAUGUGGAGCUCCAUCUGGAAUGAUUGUAAAACUAGGCAAGGGUCUGUAUGGCUUGAGACAGGCAUCUAGGCAGUGGCAUGCAAUGCUGAAGAGGUUGACGAUUUCCCAGCAGACUUUCACGGAUGAGCUAGCAGAAGAAUAUGGAGUAGUGGGAGGUGAGACCGUUGCGAUGUCUUCGGGGGUGAAGCUUCCUGAUUUUGAUGCGGAUGAGGUGGCGACAGACUUUCCGUUUCGUGAGCUGGUAGGAUCGUUGAUGUGGCUGGCGACUCAGACUAGACCAGACAUUGCGAAUGCAGUAAGGGCAGUAGCUAGGUAUUGCGCAUCUCCGAAGCUGGUACACUGGAAUGCAGCGAUGGAUAUUUUAGGCUAUGCGAGGAGGACGAGUCACUUUGGUAUUUCGUUUCAGAGAGGUACGGUAGAGGGAUUCAGCUUGCAGGGAUACGCUGAUGCGGACUUUGCAAGCAAGGCAGCAGACCGUAGGUCGGUAACAGAGGGGAUCGUGACGUGUGGAGGAGGCGCUGUGCCUUGGUUUUCCAGAACGAAGAAGUGUGUCACGCUUUCGACCACCGAAGCAGGGUACGCCGCCCUAGGUGACGUAGUGAAGGAGAGUUUGUUUUUGAGGCAGAUUUGGCGUUUCAUGUUGCCGCAGGUCGGCAUGCCGUGUAUCCCCAUCUUCGAGGACAACCAGGGGGCGAUUCAACUAGCGCAGAACCCCAUCUCAAACUCGAACUCGAAGCACAUAGAUGUAAGGCACCAUUUUCUCAGGAAACUGGUAGAGAGAAAGGAAAUUUUGGUCAUCCACGUGCCGUCGCCGUACCAGCGUGCAGACUUUAGAGUUUGUCGAAGGAUGCUUUCGAGUCUCACCGUGAUUAUGUGA